AUGGCGAGGCUCUCAGCUUGUCUGGUUCAUGCUUUUACCUUUUUCGUUCUGAUCAAUGUGGUGCUAGCUGAGUACGAACCAUAUACACCCAACUACAAAGAAACUCCCUACAAGAAACCAGUUGUGGAGGUUAUUGCCGACAUAAAUCUUCCCAAAGUUUACCCAUCACCGCCACCACCUGCUUACGUGGCUCCUGUUGUUUAUCCAUCUCCAUCACCACCUCCUCCAGCUUACGUCGCUCUCGUAGUGUAUCCAUCUCCAUCACCACCACCUCCAGCUUAUGUAGCUCCUGUAGUGUACCCAUCGCCGUCACCACCACCUCCUGCUUACGUCGCUCCUGUUGUUUACCCAUCUCCAAUCACCAUCAACUUACGUCGCCCCCAAGUACGAAGCACCAGAGUACACACCUAA